AUGUCACUCUACGUACGACAGCUUAACAUUAGCGACCUUGAGCAGUCACUGGUCGUCGAGACCGCGGCCUUUCCACCUGCCGAGGCUGCUACGCGCGAAAAGAUCGAUUACCGUCUAACGGUUUGCCCUGAACUAUGCAUUGGUCUCUUCCUUCGUGCAGGGACUACUCUUCCCUCUCCCCUACCUCAGAAUAUACCCUUCGUCGAGAAACCGGCGUCCGACGAAGAUAAGCUACUCGCACACGUCAUCUCUACUAAAACAACCAACCAGUCUGUCAGAGACCAAGAUAUGGGCUGUCCUCCUAACUGGACAGAAGACCCCCAGGGUGUCUACGAAGUCGGCCAUAAUAAGAAUGGGAGAACAAUUGCCCUUCACGCCCUGGCUGUCUCUCCCGAUUACCAGAGGUCUGGUUUGGGCAAAGCCAUCAUGCGAGCAUACAUUGAGAAGAUGAAAGAGACCAACACAGGCGACAGGAUCUCCAUCUUGACAUAUGACCGGCUCGUGCCUUAUUACCAGAAGCUUGGGUUCGAGCACUACGGGAAGAGCGAGUCUGAAUAUGCUGGUGUUGCUUGGCAUGACCUUUCAUACGUUCUUUCUUCUGAGAAGUAA